AUGUCUGUGCGCCAUAAGUCGGACAGUCGAUUCUCGGUUGGUUGCGUCUGGAGGAAGUGCAGUAGAUCCCACUGUUUCCUAGAUGCAGUUAGUUCCUCGAUCACUCCCGAGCGGUUAGAAACUCUGCGAUCAUAUGAACAGGAAAAAGGUGAUCAUCCAUGUCCCCUACCGAAUAAAGAACGUGAAGCACACGCACACGAUCUACAAAAUCGUGCCGCACUAUGACGAGGACAAGAAAGACAUAGAAGAAGACGAUAAAUAUGAAUUUUAUUAGAAAUAAGUAGAUAAUACAGUGGAGAAGUUGCGAGUAAUUAAUAAAAUAAACAAAGGUUACUCGAACAACCUGUAGUAAAGUUGAAACGAAUCUUGUAAACUUUCGCACUCAGAUAUAUAAUAAAAGAAAAGAAGAAAAAAAUUAAGAGUUAAAUGUUCGAGGACUCAUGAAAUAUGUGACGAGUAUAUGUAUUGUGCGAGAAAUUUGUAAAAAAAAAAAAA